CCCCUGCCCCCCGCGCCUCCGCCCCCCGCGCCACCCCGCCCCCCGCCCCGCCCGCGCGCCCGCAAGGCCGUCACCUUCUGCACGCGCUGCCAGCCCGACGAACGGUACCACAGCGAUCCCGGCCAGGACGCGCCCGAAACCCCCGCGCCGCUAGCCUCCACAGAGAACAGAUACUACUCCGAACCCGACGUCAAAUACUUCGAAAUCGACUACGUCUUCCUAAAGGAGCUGCGGAAGAUAGCGAAGAAUAAUUGUGCGAAGUGUCGACGCAGGCACGCUCGUAAGAGUGAUACAUACUCAAGAAAAGGUGAUGAACGGGCGCGCCGAAGUCACACGUACGACGCGCGUAGAAGCGAUACUUACGAGCGUGCACGUAAAAGCGACAGCUACGAUCGCUCUCGCCGCAGUGACAGCUAUGAUCGCUUCCGCAAAAGUGACACUUACGAGCGUGCACGCAAAAGCGGCUCGUACGAGCGUACGCGUAAAAGCGAUACCUACGAGCGUGCACGCAUAAGCACGUACGAGCGCGCACGCAGAGGUCGGUCACGGAGCGGACGCGAGAAGUACGUACUGUGCGGUGGCGGGUACCACAGCGAGCAAGAACACUGCCGCGCCUGCUGCAAGGUCUGCAGCCGAUCUUCAGACACCCUGGCCUCCGGAGACACCUUAGCAUCAGGGGAGGAAGACUACUCCCUCGUCUCCAAGAGCUACAGCCUCUCCUCGAAAGCCAAGACUCCGCAGAGGGAGAGAAAGAAUUCGAUGCAGUCAAAUAAGUCCGUCUCUUUCCUGGAGUCGAGUAACGAGGAAAAGGAGCCGAAUUAUACAGCGAGCAGUUUUACAAAUGACCUGAAGAAGUUUCUAUUAAAGCCGUCUUCGCCACGUCUAAGUCUGCGAGAGAAAUUCAUGAUCAGUUUUAAACAGGAGUUGGAGGCGACGAAACGAUCUCCCAAGUUAAAAGCUAUAAAGGGCCUGUGGAAAUCCUACUGAGUUUCUAAAAUUGUUAUUUAUUUUUCCUCGGUUUUGGGUAUACAUUUUGAAAGUAUUUGAAGUGUUUGCAACUUAGUAUGACCACCAAGAAAGAAACAAUAAUAAAGAACUGCUGUAUUAUAUUUUGAUAAAAUUAUGUGACAGUCUAUUUUUAAUGAAUUUAUAACUUGGUUAAGUCUUUCGUAAUAUUGAAAAUAAUUGUUUCUACGGUGUUCGUGCUAACUGCUAGUUAUGCAAAUUGCGAAUUAGUUUAUUUUUAUUUCAGACCAUCGUUUACCCAAAAUCGAUUUUCUUUUGGUGCUUCUCUUUAACUGUUCUUUGUAUAUAUUUAUCGAUAGUGAAAUGUGUUCAAAGUGGUCUAAAUAUCAUGUAGGUGCUACUCAUAAGGCUAUAAGUUCGCUUCUAGUGCCGGUGCAAUCAAAUCGAUUAUUUUCCGAUUAUAUUUAUCGAUUUCUAAUCUCUUUCUACUAAAAAUAUAAUUUUCGAUUCUGCUAGAUCUCAAAUAUACUUAUUUUAUAAAUAUUUUCCUUAUUACGGUAUUUUAUGAAACGCUAUAAUAUAUUUUUUACCAUAUUCUACUUUUAUAUGUUGGAAUUUCUACUCAAAUUUGGUUUAUGAAUUUCUGAAAAUUUUACUUUGUUACUGACGAACUAUACAAUAUUAUCUUCUGAUGAUAGUCAAAUAUGAGAUUUACAAUUAUCUGCAUGAAUAUAAAUAAGUUUUAAAACUAUACUAUUUAAAGUUACUAUAAACAUUUUGGGAUGUUGUUACAACAUGUUUCUAAUAAUUAUUGUCUAAUGUCUACAGUUAUUCGUUUAUUCAUAUGUUUUAAAUAUUAAUCUUCUUAUUCAUAACAUCCAACAAACCUGUACUAGGUAAUAAAGCCUAAAAUGUGCAGAGUCAAGUAAUCGUUUUAUUAUUAAACAAAAUUAAUAUAAUGCUGAAAACUGCAAACGGCUGAGUAUAAUGUUACAUCAGUGUUCAAGUAACAUUAUUUGUUGGUAAAAUUUACCUUUUUUAAACUUAUAAGUUUAUUGAAUAUUAUGAAUAAGAAAUGUGUUAAAAUGUUGUUAUAUGACCAUAGUAUAAUGUGUGUUUAAUAUACAAUACGUUUGUCCGUAACUCGUAGAAUUAUAAAGAGUGCACAUGUAGAAUUUUAAUAGAUCAUUGUAAAGAAGUUUUGAUAUCCUAUAGUUUAGGCAAUUUAUAGUUAAUGUCGAUGAGUAUAACGACCAGUGUAGUAAGCUUUAGUACCGUUCUGUUUGAAGUUAGAACCACUAAAUACAGGGUGCAAUUAAACCUUCCUGCCAAAUUUUUCCAAG